AUAAUACUAAGAGACAAGUGAAGCUUUGUAUUCAACUGAGUGUUCGCCAAAACCACCACACUCAUUGUUUGAAAUCAUUCAUUUACUGUAUGUCUCUAUUGGUCCAUCCUGCAUGAAUGAGUUGAACUGCUAGACUCCAGCUGAUAAGUGACCGAGUACUGAACUCACCGUCAGGUUGGGGUCAAUGAUGGCUUUGCCUUGACUGAAUGAUGACUGAUUGUGGCCAUAAUGUAGGUUUUUGUCAGGCAAAUUUAGGGAUGGUGUACGCGAUAACGGUAGCUGGGUAAAAUGCAAAAAAAAAAAAAACCUUUUCAGAUGUCCUCAUCGACUGGUCUGAAACCGCAACAAUCUGACAACUCCUUCCAUAGUCAAAAUCUCUAUGUCGCUCCACCUUGUCACCGUGGUCUAAAUUGUUAAAAAUGCAAUCGUGAGUUUUGGUGGCAUUUUUCUCCAGGUCUGCCAAAAUGGAAAGAUGGUCUCUAGCCCAAUCACACUGUCAAACCCACCAGCUCAAUAAAAAAACAGCCCAGAUUACAACCUCCUGUUCGAAGUAUGAUUUUGUCAAAAUUUUAUCAACCAACUCAAUGCAUUCCUCUCCCACCCCUGUCUAUAAAAAUAGCUUAUAUGGGUGGGAACCAGCUCAAUCUGGCAACACUGUCUGUCUGUCAUACUCCUGAACAGGAGAGAAUGGUUACACGCAGGAAACAAGUUUUGGUAGUGCUGCCACCUACAUCGAAAGAAUGUACUCAGCCCUUCCAGUCAAAAUGGACAGCUAGCACCAUCGAUGGCAGCCAAUGAUUCCAAUGAGUGCCCUAUAAUGCGUUUAACAUGUUCGUCAACUACAGAGCAUCCUACCUUCUUCAUGAAUGUUCUGAUCUUGGCUCAGCUGCUGUCACAGCUUGCAGCAUUCAAGAUGGACACGCUGAAGAAUCCUCCCAAUCUGAGUUGAGAACAACAACAGGCUAUUCAUUAGUGACUUGGACCACAAUGCUUUUUUUAAAGACAGGAUUUCUACCCGCUCACUUCCUUGGAUUGUGCUCAGGCUGAUAACUUUCUAUUAAUUACAGUUUAAACCACCAGCAUUAUUUUUUACAUAAUACAAAAUUUUGAGAUACUUCGACAGACUCCUAGCCACCAUCAGCUACUCCAUCCAGUCAGAAGCUUUAUACCUCCUUUACAAAUACAAAUGGAUCAAAACAAUUAUCUAUAAAACCAGUUCCUGCAUUUUUCUUUGUGCAACAUUUCUAUAAAUACCUCGGGGAUACUCUCCAUUUACCUACCUCUUCCAUCACAAAAGCCAACUCAGUGACCGGAACACAGCAAAUCUUACACCUGUGACCUCUUACUGCUGUAACCGUGACAACCUGGAUUGCCUCUCAAACUCUUUUUGCUGCAAAUGUUACACUCAGCAGUAACUCUGGACCUCAUACCACAUGCUGGCCUGGAUCAAUGCAUUGUUUAAAAUUGUACUCACCUGAGCCCUGAGAUGGUUUUUACUGAUUAAACUUCUUGCUGGAGGCUAAUGUACAACAGCUUCAGCCUCACCUGUCCAGUAGCAUACCUCAGUUGACAAAUUGUCUACAUACUCAGUAAAAGUAACAAAAGGGAACAACAAGGAUCAUUCAAAACCCAGGUGCUUCAAUUGCCCAAUGGACUUCUCUUUUCAAGUAACUUUGAUUUGCCUUAGAGACUGAUGUAUAACAAACGUAGCCGAGGAGUCCAUUAGAGAAUCAUUCUACAACAUCAAUCUCAGUUUGCUUCUCAACAUAUAUAUACUUAAAGCCCAAAUGUUUAUGUAGUAGCACAGAUAGACGAUUAGAGAGGCCUUCAGAGGUGAGAGGUUUCAUUCCAUUUGAGAUUCCUAUCAUCAAUUUAAGCCUCCAGAGAAAUGCUGAUCAACAAAGAAUGCAGACUUGGAAUAUAGACAUUUAAGAAUUCAGUUUAUUGAACGGAAAGUCUGAGAAGAUUCGCUGUGAUUACUACGAAAGAACUGAAGACGCCUUAAGAGUAAAGAAAGGAAUGUAUCGAUUUCUUUUGCCUCAACUGUUUUUGUGCCAACCAAGUUCCUCCCAGCCAAUGGGUACAACCAUUCCCAUGUGGCUGCCUAUUGAAGGGUCUUCUAUCAAAUCCUAAGCAAGCUGGCAAGGUCUUGGCCAACCUCAUUGUCCUGCCAUUGGCUGCUGGAUGGGACUGAGGCUGAAUGGAGCCAGAGCCCAAGAAGCAGAAUAACGACUCAUCAGAGAAAGAUGAGAAAGGGUGGCUCGAUGUGCCAAAGAGAAAAAGGAAGAACAGCCAGUCUUCAAUGAAGAGUAUGUCUGCUCUUAGCAUCUCUGUUCCAGGGUACAUUCCCAGCUACUUGGAGAAGGAUGAGCCAUGCGUGGUAUGCGGUGACAAAGCAACGGGUUACCACUACCGAUGCAUCACGUGCGAAGGGUGCAAGGGUUUCUUCAGACGAACCAUACAAAAAAACCUACACCCAGCAUACUCGUGUAAAUAUGAAGGCUGCUGCAUCAUUGACAAGAUUACCCGCAACCAGUGCCAGCUUUGUCGCUUCAAAAAGUGCAUCUCUGUUGGCAUGGCCAUGGACUUGGUAUUGGACGAUUCGAAGCGCGUGGCUAAACGGCGUCUCAUCGAGGAGAAUCGAGAGAAAAGAAAAAGGGAGGAGUUGGUACGAACGCUGCAGGUGAGGCCAGAACCAAACACAACAGAGUGGGAGUUAAUCAGGAUUGCAACUGAGGCCCACCGACACACCAACGCCCAGGGAUCGAGCUGGAAACAGAAGCGCAAGUUUCUGUCAGAUGAUAUUGGUCAGGGAAAACUGGUGCCCACAACGGAAGGAGAUAAGGUGGACCUGGAAGCCUUCAGUGAGUUCACCAAGAUCAUGACACCUGCCAUCACGCGUGUGGUGGACUUUGCCAAGAAACUGCCCAUGUUCUCAGAGCUUCCAUGUGAAGACCAGAUCAUCUUGUUGAAAGGCUGCUGCAUGGAAAUCAUGUCACUACGAGCUGCCGUCCGCUACGAUCCGGAGAGUGAGACUCUAACACUAAACGGCGAGAUGGCCGUGAAACGUGAACAGCUGAAAAACGGCGGCCUGGGAGUGGUGUCGGACGCCAUCUUUGAUUUAGGAAAAAGCCUAGCCCAGUUCAAUCUGGAUGACUCAGAGGUGGCACUGAUGCAGGCCGUCCUUCUUAUGAGCUCAGAUCGCUCAGGAUUAACAAGUGUGGAGAAGAUUGAGCAGUGCCAAGAGGCUUACCUGCUGGCGUUUGAGCACUACAUCAACUACCGCAAGCACAACAUUCCUCACUUUUGGCCCAAGCUGUUGAUGAAGGUAACGGACCUACGCAUGAUUGGAGCGUGCCACGCCAGUCGCUUCCUCCACAUGAAGGUGGAGUGUCCCAACGAACUCUUUCCCCCUCUCUUCUUGGAGGUCUUUGAGGACCAAGAUGUGUGACUUCAUGUGACAAUAGCACCCCCUUACAGAAACACCACGACGCUGAAUUAACUGGGUAAAGGGGUGCUCUCGGAAAGAUAGAGAGAAAAAAAAUCUUUGUUGGGAACAUUUGGUUUCGGACACCCACCACCUACCACCAGCACUUAAUAUCACAAGGAAAAAAAACAUGGCUUCUUUGUCGUGUCACUUUAAAAGGUACAGAUAUUUUAAAACAUAGAUAUCACAUAUGUAUAUAAAUUGUACUAUAUAGAAAAAGAUGCAAAAUGCACGCUGUGAGCCAAUCGGGACGGCCGUUAUUGCCUGUGGUCCAUUUUGUGUCAAUGCCAUUUGAUAAACAACAUGGAGCGUGUACUUUUAAAUUGUUAUAAACUGACCGUUUUCAACCGAUUUUGGAAAGAAUUGGGGUUUUUUUCGUCAGUGAUGCAGUCAAUUAACUGUAUUUAUAUUUUUCAAGAUGCAGCCUGAAUCAUAGCCAAGUUAAGAGUACUUUAGUAGAGAAAAUAACACACCUUAGCUUGGCCCACCUUACAAAACUACUGCUUUAAGAUGGCCACCAGUUACUAACGCCACUGACUUUUUGCAUCGAGUUCUAUAUUUGUGAUAUCUAUGAUUUAAACUACACACUCAAGUAGAACUAUAUGCAGUCAAAGAAAAAUCCAACAGGUUAACAUCUCCAUACAGACAUCUUUCACUUCAUGUGGUGUAAUUUUUUUCUGAUCAUAAUUUCCUCAGACAAUCCCACUCCAUACGCUUCUUUGCACCUUCUUUAUUAGCAGCGGCGCUCGCAGUCCAGCUUGAACCCUAUUGAGCCGCAGCUAUGACAGUGUUCGCAAACCUACCUCCCUCACCUAGUGAGCUUUCGAUACACACACGUUCUCCAAAAUACAACAUAGCCUACAGUUUUACCUCAUGGCUUGUAAAAUGUAGUGUCUUAUUUAUUAGUGGUUUACUGAGAGAACACACAAGUCUUUGCGCUUUGCUUGUCCUUUUAGAAUGGGUCUUAGUAGGAAGCUACAGUACAAUAUAAUCGUUAUAAUCAUCAAAUGCCUAACAGGAGAUGCAGCUCUCUUCCUGUAAGCUUUUCUUUUAUAUUAUGACGGGCUAUGAGCACUGGCCUAAGAUUUAUAUUUGGGAUUUGUAAUCAGUGGCGGCUGGUGGGACAUAAACACGUAGACCAUACCUUUCCAAGCAUUACAGCAAGCGGCCCUCUCAGAUACAAUAUAUUGGGGAAUGGAGGUGUUCCAAGUACACAACUACUUAGUAUAUUUGACAAUUAUUAUAUUCAAAUCUACAAAUAAAAAUGAUUAUUUAUUAA